AUGGCGAAUCGAAUAUCUAAACUAGAAGAAGAUCAAGAAAAUAUCAAUCUAUAUUCUCGAAGAGACUGUUUAGAGUUUCAUGGAGUACCAGAGACGCCGGAAGAAAAUACAGACGAACUGCUCAAGCAAAUCGGAGAUUUAAUGGCAGUUGAAGUUAAGACAUCGGAUAUCUCGACGAGCCAUCGCUUGCCACGAAGCAUUAGAGAUAAACUCUACGAAUCGAAGGGAAAGUUAAAAAAUCGUAGUUCGUCCGAUCACGGUUUUGCAC